CAGGCUCUGGUGCAUUACGAUGUUAUGCUUGUUCAAACAUAGAGGAUCCUAACACCUGUCAUGACGUCAUGUAUUGCCAACCUAACGAGAACUGUUUAAUCACCAAAGAAAUGCGCAUUAACCAAGACGGAUCUUUAAGUCGAGUGUAUCAACAAAGAUGUGAGAGAAGACAGUUGUGCAUAGCUGUUCAUGAACAUAACAGAAUGCCCACCAAUACACCUGAAGCCCAAACUAUCAUCAAACGGACGCCGCUCCCAAUCCUAAGGUCGAUCUUGUCUCAUCGUCGCAGUCACAACUUGAUACAGAUUGCUGCGAAUUGUUGCGAUGCUGAUUUUUGUAACAAUUUAGCUUUUGCUUUGACAACAGGGACGAUGACAACAUCUAAAGAAACAACAAUAAUUCCCAUACAGACAACAGCUCCAGCUAUGCCGAUCCAGGGAGCUGUUAUUGGAUAG